AUGGCGGCCCCCGCGAUUCAACGGCUGAACCAGCGCGCGGAGGUCAUUGGAAGGGCGGGCGCGCUCCACAUGAACAUCAACGCCGCCAAGGGCCUUUCCGAUGUCCUGCGCCAGAACCUCGGCCCCAAGGGCAGCCUCCACAUGCUCGUCGGUGGAGCCGGAGACAUCAAGCUCACCAAGGACGGCAAUGUUCUCCUCCGCGAGAUGCAAAUUCAGAACCCGACGGCGGUCAUGAUCGCCCGCACAGCCACGGCGCAGGACGACGUGUGCGGGGACGGCACGACGACGACGGUGUGUUUCAUUGGCGAGCUGAUGAAGCAGGCGGAGCGUCUGAUCUCGGAGGGCGUGCAUCCGCGCGUGAUCGUGGACGGGUUCGAGGCGGCGAAGCGGGAGUCGCUGAUGUUCCUCGAGACGUUCAAGCAGGGCCUGACGGGGGCGGACCGCGAGACGCUGGUGUGCGUGGUGCGCACGGCGCUGCGGACGAAGCUGGCGGAGGAGAUGGCGGACCGGCUGACGGAGUCGGUGGUGGACGCGCUGCUGAUGAUCCGGCAGGAGGGCGAGCCGCUGGACCUGAACAUGGUCGAGGUGAUGCACAUGCGGCACAAGCUGGACAGCGACACGCGGCUGGUGCGCGGGCUGGUGCUCGACCACGGCGCGCGGCACCCGGACAUGAAGAAGCGCGUGGAGAAGGCGCACAUCCUGUCGUGCAACAUCUCGCUCGAGUACGAGAAGACCGAGGUCAACUCGGGGUUCUUCUACACGAGCGCGGAGCAGCGCGAGCGGCUGGUGGAGGCGGAGCGCAAGGUCACGGACGACCGCGUGCGCGCGGUGAUCGACCUCAAGCGCCGCGUGUGCAAGGACGGCGAGGGGUUCGUGGUCAUCAACCAGAAGGGCAUCGACCCGCUCUCCCUCGACAUGCUCGCCAAGGAGGGCAUCCUCGCGCUGCGCCGCGCGAAGAAGCGCAACGCCGAGCGGCUCGCGCUGUGCUGCGGCGGGUACAUGGUCAACGCCGUCGAGGAGCUCUCGGAGGAGUGCCUGGGGUACGCGGGGGAGGUGUACGAGCACGUGCUGGGGGAGGAGAAGUACACGUUCGUCGAGGAGGUCAAGAACCCGCGGUCGUGCACCAUCCUGAUCAAGGGGCCGAACGACUACACCAUCGCGCAGAUCAAGGACGCCAUCCGGGACGGCCUGCGCGCCGCCAAGAACGCCAUCGACGACGGGGCCGUCGUGCCGGGCGCCGCCGCCUUCGAGGUGGCCUGCGCCCUGCACCUGCUCGGCGAGGGGAAGAACAGGACCGAGGGCAAGGCCAAGCUCGGCGUGGAGGCCUUUGCGCACGCGCUGCUCGGAAUCCCCAAGAUCCUCGCCGACAACUCGGGCCACGACGCACAGGAGGCGGUGAUCAGCUUGCAGGAGGAGCACAAGAGCGGCAACCCCGCGGGGCUCGACUUGGAGUCGGGGACCCCGUGCGACCCGAGCACCAUCGGCGUGUACGACAACUACACGGUGAAGAAGCAGAUCCUCAACUCGGCACCCGUCAUGGCCUGCCAACUGCUCCUCGUGGACGAAGUCAUCCGAGCAGGCAUCAACAUGAGGCGGAAGUGA